UCUAAUAUGGCGGCGCCCAUGAACUGAAGCAGGUAGUGCUUAUAAUGUCUUCACAACGCGAUUGUGUUCAAUGUUGUGGAGGAUUUGUGGUUUGCCUAGGCAAUGAUAAGAACAAUGAAUGUAAAGCUCGAAAAUUUAAAGUUGAUUUACGAGGUGAAAUUGUUUCUUGUGGAUCAUUCGUGUGGAAUCCGAAAGUGAAAGUGAAAGUAGAAAUUAUUUGUUCUUCGAGAGUUAAAGAAAUCCUUACAAGUAAACUAGUUACCUUUUGCCUGCUGAAAGUUAAUAAUAAAGUGAGCGAUGAUGGAUUUAAGUUUUAUAUAGCGUGUGUUGAUGCGCCAAAUGAAAGCUUCCGUAUUCUCCGGAAAUUACCAGACAGUACUCAUUUUUUCGAAGGGACGCUGGUGUGUUUAAGUGACGGACCAAGUGUUCUUAUGAAUAGCAAUGGGCGCCUGUAUUUCUAUAGGAGUGAAAUUGAUGGUACCUGCUCAGAAUGUUCUUAUAAACUUGCUAAGGGAUGCAGAAUUACCAAAGUUUUUCAAAUACAAUUGAAAUCCAACGAAAACUCCUAUUUCGUGUUCUGUCAAAGGAAACAAAGAUCCGGUGACGUUGAUCUCUGUUACUUUCAGAUCAAAGACGGAAGUUUUAAGGAAAUAAAUGUGAACGCAUUUAUUCCAAAAGAGUACGUUUCCUGUAUAUCCGCUUUGAAACUGACAAAAGUGUCAGAAAGCGGAGAAGACUGUGUAUUGCAAACGUCGGUAAUUAUUGGCACCGAGGAAGGCUACAUUAUCUUCCUGGUGAAUGGACAGUUACAGAGGUGCGUCCAACUCUUCCAAACACCCAUCAGUUACAUUGAAGUCAGCAAUGAGCUUUAUGUGAUCGGCAGUGAUAUCGUAUACACUAUUGUGGACCAAACUUUUAAUACAAAGGUUGAAGCAUUAUCGGCUGUUCAUCUUGUGAAAGGAGAUUUUUUCCAACACGGCUCCGACCAGUUCCUGCUAUUCAAGAGUUAUCCCGAGGAUGGUGUGAAGGGAUUGUUGUUUGAUGCAAGCUUCAAUCUUAUGACUCCAGACAAUGACACAGACAACGACGGACGAGAUGGCCAUUCAAAUGUUCAGACUGCUGUUAGAGCGCUCAAUAAAAGACUACAAACUGAAGAGCUGAUAUACCAGGAGAGGGUUCAAGAAUGCGGACGACUGGAGGAGUUUCUCUCGGCAACCCUCACUCGCCAGCUUCACCUGGCCGAGGGUGGAGACGCCCACAUCUCAGGAACAUCGUACGAUCUUCUGCCACUCAUCACUGGGGAAACUGACAUUACGAUCUCAACAAGAACCAAAUCCCCGGGCUUUAUAUUCGAUGUCAAGAAUGUCUGGCAGAAGACGUAUCUGCAUAAAUGGUGUGUUGGGGUCGUCAUCUCUUACAAAACGGAACGAAAAGUCAGGGCGUGGCUAGACCUGGUUCCAGCGAGAGGGUCGGGUGUAACCAUGACAACAAGCAACGCCCGAUGUGUACUGAUCGAACCACCUGAUCAGUCGUGUGGUGAUGGGCACAGUUCCAGCGAGCCAGGCGCUUUGGAGAACGACGCAACUGGGGUUGAUGAAGUGCACGCGAGCAACUCGCCGUCAAAACCAUGUGAAGAAACUCUACUCAGUGUCACGUCAGUGCCAAGAUUUGACGGAGAAAAAGUCGAGUUGACUUUAAUCCUCAACUGGCAAGUCCUAACAAACGAACUACUUGUACUAGAUAGCCUAAGCAGUAGACGUGAAGGAAAUUCCCGAGUGUUCACUCGACCGUGCGGGCAAGUAACGUUGGCCGUUGCGGACGUUUUGAAGGGAAACCACGCGCUGGACGUAGUCAAGGGCACGGCCGAUACAGCGGAAUCCGAAAUGGGGGAUUGGGACGAUGUCCGGUACGACCGACUUGCUUUCAUGGCCAUACAAACGGCAACCGACUUGGAGAUCUGCGCCUCCCCCGGUGUCCUGUGCCGCAUUGAAACCCUGCUGACGGACCGCUGUCGCCUCCGCUACAGUCACCACCUUGACUGCUAUAUGUGCGACAGUCCCGUUCUUUCUGGCGUUCAGUUCAGACUCGGCGAGCAGCGGCCGGGGGCGCCAGCAAGAGAUGCUGUGUUCUUUGCUCAGGGCAAUGAUGAUGUACUGUUGAUGGUCCACUACCUUUACUCAAAACUGCCAGAUGAGGUUAUCAUCAGUACAAAAGAGAUAUCACGUGAUUCUGAUAGUGCUAAAGCGUGCCGGGAAGCUCUCAAAAAGGAGGCGAACUUUUUGUCUUCUGGUUUAAAAAAGCUUCUUGGUGAUAGAGACUCCGGUCACAUUUCAGACGAUGAAAAUGACCAAGAAGACGCAAGAAAAGUCGGGGAAAAGUUCAAACGGCAACAAAAACAUUACUUCGAAGAGAAAUCUAAGAAAAUUGAGGUUCCAUCCAGGGUUGUCCAGCGGCUAGCACAACUUCAGUCACAGACUGAUGCUGCCUUCAUCAAAUACUCGGUAGAUUUAAAGUGAAGUUCAAAAAGUAUGUAGAUCUACAGUAGAAGAUUUUGUCCAGUGAUAAUGUCCGGUGAAAUAUACCAUUUGAAUAUACUUGUCUGUUAAUAUGCAGGACGUUCUUUCCUCAAA